AAAAUUAAAAAAAAACUAUUUAAGUGUUUAUGGUUGUUUGUGGAUUGCUCCGCCAUUUUGAUUAUUGAAAGUUGCAUUUUAUUUUUCUUUGUGUAUUGUAUUUUAAGUAAUUUGUGAUUUUCUGAAAUAGAAAAAAACCUGUAAACUAUGGGAGAAGAUAAAGAUCGCCGUCGCAGGUCACGAUCAAGGGAAAGACGCCGUUCUAGAUCUCGUUCCAGAGAAAGGAGAGAAAAGAGGAAGAGCAGAUCGAGGUCGCCAUCCAAGAGGUCCCGUAGACGCAAGCCUUCUCUGUAUUGGGAUGUCCCUCCACCAGGAUUCGAACAUAUAACGCCAUUACAAUAUAAGGCUAUGCAAGCGGCUGGCCAAAUACCGGCAAAUAUUGUCGCUGAUACGCCACAGGCGGCAGUGCCUGUUGUUGGCUCUACUAUAACAAGACAAGCGAGGAGAUUGUAUGUUGGCAACAUACCAUUUGGUGUAACUGAAGAAGAAACUAUGGAAUUUUUCAACCAACAGAUGCAUCUUUCUGGCUUAGCGCAAGCUGCUGGUAAUCCAGUCCUUGCGUGCCAGAUCAACUUAGAUAAAAACUUUGCAUUCCUUGAAUUUAGAUCUAUUGAUGAAACUACACAAGCAAUGGCUUUUGAUGGUAUCAAUUUCAAAGGACAGAGCUUGAAGAUUCGACGGCCCCAUGAUUAUCAACCUAUGCCGGGCACAGAAAACCCUGCUAUAAAUGUACCAGCUGGUGUUAUAAGUACUGUUGUGCCUGAUUCACCACACAAAAUAUUUAUAGGUGGACUCCCUAAUUAUCUUAAUGAAGACCAAGUAAAAGAAUUGCUGAUGUCAUUUGGCCAACUUCGAGCUUUCAAUUUGGUGAAAGAUUCCUCAACAGGACUUAGCAAAGGUUACGCUUUUGCUGAAUAUGUGGAUAUAUCAAUGACAGACCAGGCUAUUGCUGGACUGAAUGGUAUGCAGUUGGGUGACAAGAAAUUAAUCGUACAGAGAGCCAGUAUCGGUGCAAAGAAUUCUACAUUAGCGAUGACAGGCGCAGCGCCAGUACAGCUUCAAGUGGCGGGUCUGACAUUGGCGGGCGCGGGUCCCGCCACCGAGGUUCUGUGUCUCCUCAACAUGGUCACACCCGACGAGCUCCGCGACGAAGAGGAGUAUGAGGAUAUUCUCGAGGACAUCAAGGAGGAAUGUAAUAAGUACGGUUGUGUACGCAGUAUAGAGAUACCAAGACCUAUUGAAGGUGUGGAGGUACCAGGCUGUGGAAAGGUAUUCGUAGAGUUCAACAGUAUUGCAGAUUGUCAAAAGGCACAACAAACUCUCACAGGCCGCAAGUUCAGUAACCGUGUAGUCGUCACAUCAUAUUUCGAUCCUGACAAAUACCAUCGCAGGGAAUUCUAAGUGAUAAUCAAUUAUACCAUUUGGUUAUAACCGAAAGCCACUACGUCAUAAUGCAUUACUAAAAUCUCAUGUGACAUGAUAAUUAUAAUUUCUUCAUCUAUCCAUCUUAUUUGUAUUUAAUAAGUAAAAAUAAAGAAAGUGAAUUAUAUAA